GGUAAGUUGCUCGUUAACUAGUCGUGUAAAUGUGGAUAUAGCGAGAGGAAUGUCUUAAGAGUUCGGGUCGGGACGCAUAUUCCGAACAAGACCCGAGUCCAGAGAGUAUAGUUGCCAACUGAAACCGAAUCCGAACCGGACAGGCUUUCUGUUUCUGUCCUGUUGUAACUAUUGGCCUUUACUAAACGGUCCAAACCGAUUCUCGGAGAAAUGUCUUCAGAGUCAACUUUACCACCGGAAUGGGAGGAUGAUGAACGGAUGAAUUUCAUAUUUUCUGACUUCAAAGAAAACCGAGAAGUAAACACAACGGAUUGGGACAGUAAAAUGGACUUUUGGACGUCUCUCAUUGUACAGAACUGCAGGCGGCGUAGUACAGUGUGUGUUAAUCUGCAAGAUUUGAACGACACCUUCCGAAGAAAAGGAACUCUCCCUUUAGGUCUUGGCUGUGUCAUUCAAAGCAUGACCAGAUGUGGCAGGAUACAGAGAGAAUCGGAGUUUGCAGCAAAUGUAGACUCUGGUUGGCUGUCCUGGGGUGUGGGCCUGUUGCUGGUGAAGCCUUUAAAAUGGACUUUCUCCACUCUACUGGGCAGGAGUCACAUUGCUUUGGAAGAGUCUUUUGUUGUGAUUGAACUGGUGAAGGAGAAGGCAUCGGAACUGCUGGCUGUGUACCGGAGCUCGCCAUUGGCCAUUCGUUCUCUCCUGUCCUAUCAGGAACUACGUACUUUAGCCUCCCACGUCUGUGUUGAUGAGAGCACCCUGUGCAUGGCUCUGCUACAGCUGCAGAGAGAGAAGCAAGUAGCUGUGACGUUACAGGAUGGAGAGAAGAUUGUCAAGUUUUCGCAGCCAGGACAGAACCAUAUCUGUCCUGUCAGCGAUGUGGACAUGGGCAUCUACCAGUUGCAGCGCAGCGAAAAGCUGCUUAAAGAGAAGGUGGAGACGCUGGGUCAAGAGUCCGAGAAGUGUAGAGAAGAGGCUAAGGAGUGUUUGCGUCAGGGCAAGAAAUCCCAGGCUCUGAGGUGUUUGAGGAGCAGAAAGCGUGUGGAGAAGAGAGCAGACCGUCUACAUUCUCAGCUGGAGACCGUCAAGGGCAUCCUGGACAGAAUAGCACACUCCCAGACUGACAAGCUGGUUGUACAAGCUUACCAGGCGGGAGUGGCAGCCCUUCAAGUGUCUCUGAAGGAUGUGACUGUGGAGAGAGCUGAGAGUCUAGUCGAUCAAAUCCAAGAGUUGUGUGACAACCAGGAUGAAGUGAGCCAAGCUCUGUCUGGUGGAGGGCUCAACCCAACAGACGUAGAUACGGACGAGUUGGAAGAAGAGCUGGAGUCUCUAUUGAGAGACUCGGAGAUGGUUGGGCCUUCGACUUUACCUGACGUCCCAACUCACCCCUUCUCACCUGCUACGGAGCCCUGUGUUCUUGGGGACAACCUGCUAAGCUCUUUGCCUUCUGUGCCUCAAAACCACUUCAAUAUCACAGACGAGGAGUUGGACUCAGAGCUGAGCCGACUUACCUUGACAGAAUCAGGUAUGAUUUCGACAAAGCGGCUUGAGCCUGCACAGUAAAAACACAAGCACUAACAGAAAGACGUUUCUGCAAUGGUAAUUUCACAACCUCCAUGAGUGGCUGUAAAAGGCCACCCAUAGUAACUGUCUGUGUUCUUGUAACAUGUUUAUUGAUGCCUGUGAACGCCUUCGGGGACUACCUUGUAAAAUAUAUAUUUUAAGUGGCCUUUUGACAUUUUAAUUGUCCCACUCUAAUAAAGAAAAUAUCAUGAUGCCAAAUGUUUUAUUGCAAUCAUCAGUUAUACAUGUAUAUAUUCUAUGAUUUAAUAAAAACUUCAGCUGCAA